AUGGGUUAUGGUAAAAGGACGAACACACAAACCCCCUUCGUCUGGAAGUUCAGCCCGUAUGAGUGGUACAACCCUCACCCCUGUAACCCCGACUCUGACGUGGUGGAAAACAACUUCACUCUGCUCAACAGCUUCUGGUUCGGAGUCGGAGCCUUAAUGCGCCAAGGGUCGGAGCUGAUGCCCAAAGCCCUGUCCACUCGUAUCGUGGGGGGCAUCUGGUGGUUCUUCACCCUCAUCAUCAUCUCCUCGUACACGGCCAACCUGGCGGCCUUCCUCACCGUGGAGCGCAUGGAGUCUCCCAUCGACUCUGCCGACGACCUCGCCAAGCAGACCAAGAUCCCCUACGGCGUGGUGGAGGACGGCGCCACCAUGACCUUCUUCAAGAAAACCAAGAUCUCGACAUACGAUAAGAUGUGGGAGUUCAUGAACAGCCGGCGAGCCUCGGUCCUGGUGCAGGACGUGGAGCAGGGGAUCCAGCGCGUGCUCACCUCAGACUACGCCUUCCUCACAGAGUCCACCACCAUCGAGUUCGUCACACAGCGCAACUGCAACCUCACACAGAUAGGGGGCCUCAUCGACUCCAAGGCCUACGGGGUCGGCACGCCCAUGGACUCUCUCCCCGUCUCCGAGCCAGCCCCGCGCGCCGCCCCGCAUUCAGACCCGCGCGACGUCUCUACUCCCCCAGCGUUUCUCUGCGACCGAGAGAGUGACCCGCAGAGGCGACCCCGCGUAUGCCGACCAGCGCGCGACACAGGCUCGCUGCGACCAGAGGAUCCGACCCGCGCAGCCCCCUGCUCGCGCCCCGCUCGCCACCCGAGAUCGACCCGGCUUGCCCAGUCUCGCUCCCCCCGUCUCUCAGAGAUCCCCCGCGACUCCCGCGCCGAGCUCCUCGAGCUCGCGCCCGCUCGCCGCCAGCGGCCCGCCUCGCGCCCCACGAGCGCCUGCCCUUCGAUCGUCCGCCCCGCGCGCGCCCAUGAGCGCUGUCCAGACUCGCGUGUCUCCCGCGAGCCGCUCUCCCCUCUCUCUCCACCCUCCACGCUCUCUCCACCACUCUCUUCCUCGAUCCCCACAUGCACUUCCCCUCUCUCUCCCCACCAUCUCUCUUCCCCCUCUCUCCCAUCCCCCCACCUCGCUGACAUCACCCCCUCCCCCCUACCCCUACUCUCUCCCCCAACCUGCUUUGUCUCUCUCCUCCCCCCUAUCCCUCUACUCCACCGCUCCAGCACACCACCUAAAGCCAGCGAGAAGAACCCUCUCUGCAGAGAUCCCUUCGCGAUACACCAAGAGCUCACCCCCCGACUAGAGCCCUCCUCCGCGUCUCUCUCCUCUCCUCCCACACGACUCCCCUCCACAGGCUUCCCCCCCAUCGCCCCCUAA